CUAUGUCUAUAGGAUUAGGGGAUAAUUGUCGACGAUGAGGAUGUCGAAGAUAUUAACCUGUAUAGCUAGUAUCCCAUCUACAAAGCCCUUAUAUCGAGCAUUUACUCCAAAUGCCAACUUCACAUUUCCACCCAAAUUCCCAAAAGUCGUUAAUCAGAUCUGUCAUCCACCAUUAUCUCCCCCAACCACCCCCAUCGAUCUCGUAAACGCCGCACAGACCAACAAAUGCCGUACCACCUUACCAUAUCCGGUUAGCCCCCAACCCUGAACACGGGCCGAAAUGUUGGUGAUGCCGACGUCCUCGAUCUGUCGCCUCAACAUCACCGAUCUCGCGAACGCACCCCCAAACGGUCCUCAACAAUCGGCCGCAACACUCCGUCAUCUCAGCGCCGUUUCUUAUCUAUUGUAUCUUUCUUUCCUUUGUUGCAAUCUAGAGGGGUUUCAGACGGGGAGCCAGUAGGAUGGCGUUCCAAGCUUCUGCCUUGCCUAGCGUUGCUGCGGCUACGACGGAGCUAUGGCCGUCGAUGGUUAAUGUGAUGGGUGCGCCGUUGCGGAGUGCCGGCUCGAGGACACAUUCGAAGCAGUCUAGGCCUUCGCAGCGGUCGGAAAUUGCGCAGCCUCAAGCGGCGACGGUUAUACAACCAUCGAAACCUGUCCUCCCAGAGUGUCUCCAGACCGCCCGCGGCCUGACCUCACAACUCUGCGAAUAUCGAAAUGCGGCCUUCACCCCCUUCACCGCUCGCGACACCCUCUCCCCAAUGCGCCGCGGCACCAUCGCCGCCGCCAACCCCCUCGCCCGCCGUCUCCCCACCACCCUCCUCACGUCCAGACAAAUAAGCAGCAUCACCGCCUUCCGCCUCUCUCAGCCACGCACACCCUUCACACGCAUCGUCAAGCCCCAGCACCGCACCGUCUUCGGCGCCAACACCUCCCGCAACCUGCUGGCGCACAUGGAGGAGGUGGCGAACAAGAACCCCAAUAGCGCUACAGCACAGAAUGCGUUUUACCAGGCGCUGCUGCGCGCGAACUUGGGCGCGAUUGUGGUGGAGCGGUAUCAGAAUGGACAUUUUGCGUCCAACAACGCGUGCGAGUCUGCGUAUCAGAAAGCGCUUUCUGAACUUGGUGGUGGCGCGGGGUUUGGUGUUGGUAAUGAUGUGGGCGGGUUUGGAGGGAUGGCGAAUAAUGCUGGGGGGCUGAACAAUUCGCAGCUCCAGGCUAUUGGACAAGCUGUCGCGGCGUCGUCGAGGGGGGGAAUGUGGCGGUUUCGAGGGGGCGGAAUGAGGGGGGGAGUGGUGUGA